GUUCAUCAUGCUGUCUACAUGACUGCCAGAAAGAGAGGUUAGAAUCUGUAUUGUUGUGUUUUAUGGUUAGAAUUGUAACAAACUUUAAAAUAUAACAAAUAAUAUGAUAAUAGUCCCAAAUAGCAUCUUAUUAAUAAAAUCCCAAACAUCCGAGGACGUACCGGACAAAUAUGAAACACUGCUCAGAUCCAACAAUUUUAAGGUUAGCCAAGUAAGGAGUUUAGUGUUUACCUUUAAAAACUUGAAGAAACUGGGCGAAAACCUGAUUAGUGGGGCUUAUAGUGGCUUAAUACUGUCUAGUCCGAGAUGUGUGGAGGCGGUACGCAUGGCAGCUCCAGAGAACAGUUUGCCCCAGUGGAGAGAUAAACACAAUUUUGUAGUGGGCGAAGCCACUUAUAAAAGUGCCCUGGAACAACUCGCUUUGGAUUGUUUGGGAAAGGAGUCUGGAAAUGGGGUGAAUUUAGCCAAGAAAAUAGUGGAAAAUAAGUCUGAAUAUGACCAACCGUUCCUUUAUCCACAUGGAAAUUUGAAGAGCGACACGCUGAACUUAGAGCUCGAAAAAGAAGGAAUUCAAGUUGUCGGUCAAGAAGUCUACGACACUGUUUCUAACCCGAAUAUUCCAAAAGAGUUGGCAACUGCUACUAAUAAUUUCCAGAAUGUUCCUGAAUUUAUUGUAUUUUUUAGCCCUUCGGGAGUCUCAAGUUGUAUCGAUUUAAUUGGGGCUAUAAAGGACAAAGUAAAGUUCAUUGCAAUCGGACCGGUCACAGAAAAGACACUGAUAGAAAACAAUGUUUCGGUAUUCGGGGUUUGUAAGAAACCCAAUCCCGAGGAGCUACUGAAGGUCAUCUUACAUAAAUGAUUCAUUGUUAUUUUAUAAUAAAUUAAAAAAAAAAAAUCA